ACGAUUUAAGAUUAAGUCCCCGAUCAUUCGAUCAUCAUCAGACACGCGCUUCCUGAAGUUGCAUCGUAACAAGUUUAUUUUAAUUAUGGGAGACACCAACACCAUUCAAGUACUUUAUACACAUAUUCAGCCAUUUUGCUAAGAUAAGGAAGGGAAGACAAACUUUUGAAAUAAAAACGAACACGUUUAUCACAUACGAGUGUAACUUCUCAUAUAAAACGAUAAAAUACAGACUAAUCAAAUUAUUAACGAAUUUAUUAGUUUAAAAGUAAGGAAAGUACAUAGAUGUUUAGGAAGACUGCCUAUGCUUGACAAUAAUUUAUGUAAUAAUAUAUUUAUACGACAAUAUCAUAUCUUGACCAAUACAUAUUACUUUAAAUCUUAAAUAUUAUUUAUUUCUAAUAUAACGAGUAAGUAAUCAAAAACAAUGCGGAACAUUAUCAUAGCGGGAAAAUUAUAUUCGUAGUUUUGUAUUUAGAGUAAAUUUUGUAUUUAGCUAUUAUCGUUUACAUAUAGAAUUAGAAAUUCGUCUUUGUUAUAUUAUAUACAGGGUAUUAUUUAAAGGUAGAUAUUCAUUUAGGUAGUAAGUUUACGAUCCAAAAUAAAACAAAAAUUAAGAACGAGGUAAUUUGAGGUUGUUUCGCUUUCUGACCUAUAAGGAAGUCAUGUAAAGAAGGAAAUCUCAAAAACAUUUUUUAAUGACCAUCACGUUUUGACUAUGAAUAAAAAUAUUUGUGAUCGAAUCAUGAAGAUAGUAGAGACUCUAGAAUCUGUAAUUAUCUGGACAUAUAUGUUCUAAUUCUAGAAAAUCAAAAAUUAAAGACAUCAAGAGAUUAAGAUCAUAUACAUAAAUAAUAUAUAUAUAUAUAUAUAUAUAUAUAUGUUUUCUUCGUGUUUUUUAUAUUUAUAUUUUUUUUUCUCACAAUGUAACAGCUUCUUAAUAAUACUUUCGUAUUUUUACAAGAACGUUUUAAAUUUAUUUUCCUCAAUCAUUAUUUCUUUUUUAGUUUAUAAUCAUUAUACAUAGUUAAAAGUUUCAAAGUUUAACAUUAUUCGUUUCGAUAGACAACCAAUUUUACAAUUAACUCAUAAACAAUAAUUUCUCUAGAUAGUCCUUUCAAAUUAUUCGUCACCUCGAUUUCUUACCUAUUUCUUUGACACAUCGCAUCCUAAAUGUUCAGUAUCUGUUAAUGUAUUUUUCGUUCAAAUUUUAAGUGUAACAAUAUCAAAGGUUUUCAAAAAGAUAUGAAAAAAAACGUGAUAAAACAAUUUAACGUUGGUACGUCGCGGCAUGAUUUUACGGCGAAACCUUACGGAUUUUGUUGUGACAUCAAAGACCACGAUCCGAGAUUAACUAUUGAAAACAGAAGCGUUGGCCCGCUUUUUUGUCCAUACAAUGUAACAGGAGGUGGGCCCGAUAUCAGGUUUCGUAUUCAAGAUGCCGACAGUGUUUCACCCUCCUCUCAACGCAGCGUUCAAAGGAGUACUCAGAGAAUUGGUCAGCGAGGUAGACGUCGAAGUGGGUAUCAAAGCCGACAGCGAGGUGGAUAUGAUAGACAGCGAGGUGGAUAUGAUCGACAGCGUGGUGGAGAUGAUCGACAGCGUGAUAAAAAUCGAAGGGCAAAUGAUUCGCGAGUUGGAUGGGAUGAUGAACCGCGUGAUGGACAACGUGACCGGCGGAGUACUUACCGGCGUGGUACUUCGAGAACUGAUAACAACAAAACUGACGAAUCUUUACCUGAACCAAUGAUCUGUAAACGAUGCAGAGGUCCUCUCAAAUGGUACUUGGAAGAUGAGAUCGCAGUUGCCCGUGAUAGAAUAAUGACCACACGGCAAGAGACAUAUAAUGCGGAAAUGGAAGAGAAUGUUAGAAUCGCUAAGAAAAAGGAAAAAAUGAAACGACGUAAAAGGAAAGGAAAAUCAAUAACACGCGUAUCCCAAGAUGAAGAAAAAUCCUAGAAAACGAAACAUUAUCUUACAUACAUACGUUUUGUAACUGAUUAAAUGGAAUGAUUGUUUAAUAAA